GGUUAAUCGUUCAAAGCAAGUUACGUUGCAUACUGCUGGAUCGAAAAGCUUCGCUCGUAUUCGUGAAGAGGAGCGUAAAAAUAAAAGAAUUCUACCAACUAGAGCAGAACUUUUCAAAAUCACCCAUAUUCACAAAGAUGGAGCUCCAGUGAAUGCUGAAUGUGCGAGCAAAAUUAGUGACAUUGAUAAGAUAACAAUGGAUAAUCCAGAGAAAGCAAAAAAGGCUCUUAAAGAAGGUGAUUUAUUUUUAGAAGUUUUUGGAAAAGAAAGGCAUGGCCAUGUUCGUGGCCUUGGUUUAGGCCCUUGUCCUACUGAUAUAUGGAGUUCAAUGCCUUCUCGUGCGACAAGUGUACGAAUGGCAUAUGAAGCUAAGAGAAAAGCUGAAGAGGAAACAUGAGGAAUGCAAGAAAAAAUGGCAGCUAUGGAGCAGGAACAAAUUGAACUAAAAGCAAAAUUAGCUAAAAUGGAAGCCAAGAUGGAUGCUUGGCAAAGGAGCCCAAAUGAUUUUCACCAAUCUAAUUCCAUAAAGACUAGAGUACAGAAUGUUGCCAAUGUAAACGAAGAUGCUGCCAAUGGACUUGAAAGAGAUGCAUGGUCCUCGUCGUCAUCAUCCACUCAUGCAAUUCCAACUCAUAGGAUACAUCAUAAGAAAAUGAGGAUGCAACAUAAAAUAUCUCAAAAUGAAGGAGGAAAAGAAGUGACAUUAAUGUCUCUCGGAAAACCACAUUGUCCUGUGGCACGAGGAAUUCUAUUUAGUAGAGAUCCAUCUACUAUAGUUGGAGGAGAAAAACUAGGCCAGUAUUGGGAGGUGUAUAUUGAGGUUGUCAUAAUGCCCAAUGAGAGUCUGAUUCGUAGUUUGCGAAACUUGAAGACAAUUGGUGAUGCUGCUCGAAAAUCAAUUGCUUGGCCCUCUUAUCUUGUUAAAGAAGAUGGAAAGUGAAGAAAUCAUAUGACUUUGAACAUUUUGGAGAUAGCUGCUUUGAAGCUAUAUGAUCUGAAUGUUAUGCAAAUCUUCCUUGUUUUUUUUUUUUUUGAGUUAUGGAUAGCUUGUUUGUUAAUUUGUUUUUUUGGUGGUCAUUCUGGUUGUAUGACUCAAACUAUUUGAGUUAUGGAUAGCUUGUUUGUUUGUUUUUUUGGUGGUCAUUUUGGUUGUAUAACUCAAACUAUG